AUGGUUGCAAUGUAUGCUAGCUCCGGCGAUAUAGACUCUGCUGAAACCGUCUUUGAUCAAGUUUCUUUUCCUUCGUCGCUCCUCUAUAAUUCCAUCAUUCGCGGGUAUACUCGAUUUGGGUACUAUGAAAGAACUCUCAAAACGUACUUUAUUAUGAACUCACAAGGACUUCGUCCCGAUUACUUCACCUUCCCCUUUGUUCUCAAGUCCUCUGCGGAGCUAUCGUGUCUUCGGACUGGGAAAUGUGUUCAUGGAAAGAGUUUAAGAAUUGGGUUGGAAUAUGAUUUGUAUGUCGGGACUUCUUUGAUAGAUAUGUAUGUGAAAUGUGGCGAGUUAAGUAAUGCUCAUAAACUGUUUGACAGGAUGCAUGUGAAAGAUGUUUCAUCAUGGAAUGCUUUGAUUGCAGGUUACAUGAGAAAUGGAGUAAUUCAAAUUGCCGAGGCGUUGUUCCAAAGCAUGCCGAAAAGAAAUAUUAUUUCCUGGACUGCUAUGAUAUCUGGGUACACUCAGAGUGGGCUUGCAGACCGAGCACUGAGUUUGUUUGGAGAGAUGCUGAGGGUGGAUUCAGAGGUAAAGCCCAACUGGGUAACUAUCAUGAGUGUCCUUCCAGCGUGUGCUCAUUCAGCUGCUCUGGAGUAUGGGAAGAAGAUUCAUAGUUAUGCAAGUGAGAUUGGUUUGGACAAAAGUUUUUCUGUACAAACUGCACUCAUUGCAAUGUACGCCAAGUGUGGGAGCCUUAUCGAUGCUUGUCACUGUUUUGAGAGGAUACCUGAGAAGGAAAAGAGUUUGAUUACUUGGAACACCAUGAUAGCCGCCUAUGCAUCUCAUGGAUGUGGGAAGGAAGCUGUAUCCACAUUUAGGAACAUGAUAAAAUGUGGGGUUCAACCUGAUGCUAUUACAUUUUUGGGUCUCUUGUCUUCAUGCAGCCAUUCAGGUCUUGUGGAUGUAGGCUUAGAAUACUUUAAUUGUAUGACUAGAAUUUACUCUGUUGAUCCAAGAGCAGAACAUUAUGCUUGUGUGGUAGAUCUUUUAGCUCGAGCUGGACGUAUAGUGGAGGCUAAGGAGCUCAUUGAUCGAAUGCCAAUGCAAGCCAGUCCUAGCAUAUGGGGUGCCUUGCUAGCUGCUUGCCGAAAUCAUGGUAAUUUGGAAAUUGGGGAGAUUGCAGCAAAGCAGUUGUUCAUAUUGGAACCAGAGAAUAGUGGAAAUUAUAUUCUGCUUUCAAACAUGUAUGCUGAAGUUGGAAGGUGGGAAGAGGUGAACAAUUUGAGAGCUCUCCUAAAGAACCAAGGUGUGAAGAAGAGCCCUGGAUGUAGCUGGACUGAGAUCAAUGGAAAAUGCCAUUUGUUCCUUGGAGGGGAUACUUCCCACCCACAAAUGAAGGAAAUUUACAUGCUAUUGGGAGACUUGCCUAAGAAAAUUAAGGCAGCAGGUUACAUACCAGAUACUAGUUUUGUGUUGCAUGAUGUUAGUGAAGAGGAGAAGGAACAUAACCUCACAAUGCACAGUGAGAAAUUGGCUAUUGCUUUUGGGCUACUCAACACUAGCCCUGCAACAGUUAUUCRAGUGACUAAGAAUCUUAGAAUCUGUGGUGACUGUCACACUGCCAUUAAGUUCAUAUCAAGAAUCUAUGGUCGAGAGAUUGUUGUGAGAGAUGUGAAUCGUUUCCAUCAUUUUAAAGAUGGAUCUUGUUCAUGUGGAGAUUAUUGGUGA